AUGUGCUUCCUUUUCUUUUUGUUUGAUGCAAAUGUUGUGUCCAGACAUUGCAGAGAUUCUGAAGAAGUUAUUGGCAUUGAGAUUCUGAGGACAGAGCAUCACGGUAAAUGCCAACUAUUAUACAGCAAGUACACCAGAAAGCAUGGUAAAAGUAGAUGUACCACAGUAUCAGAAUUCAGAAAUGACCUACUGGAGGCCGCCAUCGCCGCCCUCUCCGCGAAGAAGCAGCGCCUCCAGGACUCCUUCGACCGCCUCGCCGCCAGCGCCCCCAUUCCCAUCCCCUUCACCUGGGACGACAUCAACGCCCACAUCUCCUCUCUCCAGUCCUCCAUCGCCGUCCGCUUCCUCAAGCUCCAGGCCGCGGCCCCAACCACCACGGAGGAGGAGGACCCCGUCGAGCAUCGGGGGAACGAGGACCGAAAGCCCUACCUCGAGCACUACACGAGGGGCAAUGAAGAGGAGGGGGAGCGGGCCAACGGGGCGCCUUCGGGCCUCAAUGCCGAGGAGGAGGAGCACGGGAGGGUAGAGGGGGCAAUCAAGGCGUCUCAUGGCCUUGAACUGGAGAAGGAUGAUGAUGAUGAGGAGGAGGAGGAGGAGAACGAGAAUUCCAAGGAGACCGCAACGGCGUCGUCAGCUCACCGAAGCAAUGGGGAAUUUGCAGGCGGUGUGAGGCAGGAUCUUGUGGCGGCGUGCGUAAACAUGGACACCUCGAUGCUGGUGGACAUGUUGUACCGGCGCAACAUGCCAUUCUCACGCGCCCGGAGCCAAUUCCUGCCGGCACUGCUGGGCGCCGCGGAGCCCCACGCCCUCGUCGUUGGUGCCGUCAGGGACUUCUUGGUCAGAACCGAGCCCAAGAACAACGCGCACUGGGAUAACUGUGGUUCGCUUCUCCACUGUGCCCGAGAGCUUACCGACGAGCCGUCCGCUGGAACGCUGGAGCAGGCCAAUCGGCUGGCAGAGGACUGGAAGGAGAUGAUUGGGAAGCCUCAAAGUAGCAGGGACCUUGGCCGGCUGGCCAUAUGGGGCCUUUUGCGAUUUCUUGUCUUAUACAACAUUGCCUUGGAAUUCGAUGCAUCUGAGAUCAUCCAUCACCUUGGCUGCCUCCCGGCCAAGAAAAAGCGGCACUGCAUCGACCUCUGCAAUCAUCUUGGACUAAUUCAUACCAUGACUGACUCAGUCAAUCAUCUGAUUCAGAAUGGACAACAACUUGAUGCUAUCAGACUUGCAUGCGUUUUGAAUUUGACCGAUAAAUAUCCUCCACUUUCCAUGAUGAAUGAAUAUGUUGACAAGGCUAAGAAGACUGCUCAAGAGAUACUAAGCAUGGAAAGUGAUUCACCGGAGUCUCUGAAUCAGGCCAUGACAAAGCAGGUUAAUGCUCUAAUAUUGUCAUGGAGGGCAGUUGAUGAGUACAAUAUCGAGUCUGUCCACCGCAAUAGCAUCAAGGCAGAAAUUACCCGGUUAUUACAUGAAUAUGCACACAAGAGGCAAAGUUUAUCAGAUGCUUCUUCGCCUGGUUUGAAUGAAGAGCAGCAAGAGCAGUGUCAGCAGGAGCUGCAAGUGCUGGAAGAGCAGCUCCGAGAGAAGCAGCAAACCAAGGCACAAGAGCUGCAGCCAAAAUGGAGUGGGCAAGAGUCAGGGGAGAAGGGGCAAAACAAGAAGCGCAAGAGAAACAAUUACCGGCAGAAGAUGCAUCAUAGAUUUCAUAAGCAGCCUAGGUUAUCUCAUGCUGGUUCAUUUGCCCAUUCUGCAUACAAUGCAGGGUCAGGAUUUGGUCAUCAGGGCGGCCAACGAUUUCCAGGAGUUCGAGGCGGGGCAAUUCGAUAUGGUGGUCCCUAUUAUCGCGUAGCACCUGAUGACGCGACCUAUCGACCUAACUGAAGAUAUACGAAAUUGAAAGAGAGAGAAUCUUGCAGUUCUGAUUCGUGUUGCCUGGCUCUUGUUAGUGGACGGAACUGCUACUUAUGCAUACAGCCGAUGCACAGUUUAUGACCUCUAACUUCACCGUACUGUACCGAAAUCUGAAUGACAUUUCCUGAUUGCCACCUGCAUGACAUCUAUCAUCAUUUUUCAUUUCGACAUUUAAGCUUCCUUAAUCUUAGUAUGGCCAAUAAGAUUCACAUUAUU